UAUUUACCAAUAGCAUUUUUAUUUAACAAUUUGACUGUGACUCUUAGAUCUAAGACUGCCCAACUCCACCUGUGCACCAAGUAAGUUAACUUCGAGAUAUUGAAUAAUUUAUUAAACAGCCUCUGUGCUUACCAAUCUCAAGGCAUUAUUUUGUGUACAGGAUGUGUAAAUCUUAAUGAUUGGCAGAAUGGUGAAUCUUUUUGCAAUAAUAGGAGAUCUUUAUAUGUGUCUCCCUACCCAAUACUAAGCAUGUAUGACGCAACUUAUUAAAAAAAAUGUAUAAACUUAUGAACUGUUGGCCUAGUGUAUUUGGUUGGAUUCUUGCUAAAACAUGUACAAAUUUAAUUAAGAAAACACUCAUUUUAUUCACUUUUACCUACCCUACCAUCUUCAUUUCACUCAUUAAAAAAGUAUGUAGAUCUACGAUCUUUUCCUAUACAAUUGUUACUACAAUUUACGUGGAAUUUUCUAAUCUGGCCUACGUAAUUUUCAAAAUCCGAGUUGGCAACACUGCACGGGACCUCGUCCACCGGGCACCGACUACCGAGUGAAGGACGAAGGUAUAUAUAUAUAUACUAUAUUAUGCCGUCAAAAUUGACAUUAUGUGCUCUUGAUUAAUCAUUAAGCGAUAUUUCAAAUUUCAAUAUUUUAUCUUACUGUUAAAAACAAGAGAAACAAAAAUUGUGUUAGUUUUAGAACGCGUGCCGUACAUUUUCAAUGAACCGAUAUAAUAUAAUAAUUCACUAUAUGAAUUGAUUUGUGUGUUUCCAAAUGAACUAAAAAUUGAAAAAUGAUGGAAGAAAAUGUAGAUAAACGAAGCUUGCUCCACCUUACUUAAAAAGUUAUGUAGGUCUUUUAUAUUUUUUAGAGUGUUGUGGAGAGUAGAUGAGCAAGAAUUAAAAGGCCAUGCAAAAAAGCACUACAAUAGCUAUUGCUACUCGAUCAAUUCAAACAAACACAAAUUCCAUUCAGGAAGUAAUUCCAGUCCAAAGUAAUAAUAUGAAUUUUGACAUUAAGGUAGAAGUAGACAAUGUUGGUGAGAAUGCAAAAGAGAAACAGACUGAAACAAGAAGUUGGAGGGAAAUAGUGAAAAAAUCUACUGAAAUUUAUCUUCAAUCCAAUAAUAUUUGUGAUAAAAUACUACAUGGACAUGUCCUCAACACAUGCAAACCGAACGUAAAAGUAUUACUAAAAACGCCCCAUGAGAAACUUUUAGACCGAGCAUUCACACGAUGGUGCGAUUGGGCCUCCCUCACAGAGGAGCCCAAAGAUCCGCCGUUAUUCUACAAAUGCUACAUCUGCGAUAUGGCGUGGUGGCACUUGGCCCACUUCCGCGACCACAUACGAACCCACGAGCCUUCGAGACUCCGAGUCGUUCUAGAAAUGAAUGACUACGUUGAGUGCAAUAUUGUCGCUUACUACAGCAAAUCGGGGAACAAGUACAUCGGGAAUAUAGAAGGAAAAUGCUGGAAAUGCGGCGAAAAUGCGUUUGAACAUACGAAACUGAAGAACUGUGUCGGAUGUAAGAAACGGUUCUACACGUGCAGCAAGCUACGCCAACACCAAUGGUACUGCCAGGAGUUCAAAAAGCCGCACCUAGACCUCUUCGCAUCAGCUGAGAGGAUAUUUAAAUGUCACCUGUGUCGAUUUUAUUUUUUCAAACAGAAGGACAGUAUAGAACACAUGAUAUUACGGCAUUCUGUGCGGUCCGAUGUACCCAUACCAGGUUAUGCUGUUUGUGAGAAGUGCAAGGCCCUGAUGGCAUAUGAAGAUGAUCACGUAUGUAAAUCUAAAGGAUAUGUUAAGACGUGUGGUGCGUGCAAGAAAAGAGUCACCGAAAGCAGUGCUGCAGUCCAUCAAAUAGAAUGGAACCUUACCUGCUGUGUAUGCAAAGUGAAAAUAGUAAAGAGUUGUUCAAUACAUCUCCACGCACUUCGUCAUACGAAGAACUAUGGAUUGGCGUAUAAGUGCCUCACCUGUAAUUUUUUUAUAAUCUUUGACUUGGAACAGAUUCAAAAACACAAAAUUUUAUAUCAUUCCAAUCGCGAUUUUGAUUAUGAUCUUAUUUCCGUCCCAAAAACCAUAGUAGAUAGGUUAAAGUCAACGACAACUAAAUAUUAUUCACCGGUUGAUAAACAAAGUCAAAUAAAUACUUUCCUACUGUCUCAUGAUACUCAAGAUAUGGUGAAUGAUAGAGAUGAUGAUGAUGCCAUCAUUGUUGAUAAUGUACCUGUAGUUAUUGUUAUCCCAUCUGAUGACGCACCUAACGAUGAUCUCCCUUGCGUCAUUGCUAAUAUUAAAUCUGAACCACUUGAAAAUGAAAUACAAAUAUCUAAAACAAAACCUACUGUUACACCACAAAAUGAUUUCGAAUGUAAAACGAUGGUAAAUCAAAUACCUAAAGAUGGAAACAGAAUUAAUGAUGAAAAAGUAUUAGGUAUUGAUGAAAUUAAAAAGGAACCUAAUAGUGAAGUGAAUGUUGCCGUGGCAUCUACACUUGGAAUUAUAAAUACACACACUAUGACGACAAAUUUAAAUAAAGUUAAUACACAUAGAACGCAGUAUGUACAUGGUAAAGAAACAUCAAACACGCAAACUCUAAAAGCGACUCCGGAAGAAAUCACAAAGUCAACGAUUAAUAUUAAGAAAUCAAUGGAUAUUACUUAUAAAGAAAUGGAAUCCAUGAAAAAAUAUAUAAAUCACUCCAGUACAAAUGAGAGAGAAGUCGAUAUAGAAAGAAUGCUACCUUUGGCGUUUGUGAAAACGAAGUCUUCGAAAAGCCCUGUAGUGAUACAGAAGAUGCAAAAACCGAGAAAAAUAAAAAAGUUAAGACAGUACAAACCUAAGAUUAAACAGACUCUGCUAACCGAUGUUUCACUAAAUUCAGAAUCAGAUGUUAAAAUUGAAGUUAUAAAAAGUGUAGACGUGAUGGAGAAAGCGAAACUAAUAACAGUCGACCUAAGUGAUACACAAUUGAAAAAACAGAAUCGAGAAGAAGAUAGACCGGUAGACAUAUCUCAAAAUUUAGAAACAAUUACUCCAAAAGAAUCGCAACUAUCAGAACCGCUAAAGGUAGAGAAAUUAGUAGAGACAGUUGUCGAAAUCGAUAUCCCAUGGGACACUGUUCCAAUAAAGGAAGAAGCGGAUCCGGAAAUGGAUUUAAAACUAUCGGAUAUCAGAAGGAUAUAUCAUAUAGAUGUUAAUGUUGGUGAAAACGAGAUUGCAGUUAAGCGAGAAAUUAAUGAAUUCGAUCUAACCGGACAAAGCGAGAAUUGGCACCAAGACAGCUCUGCUUAUAAUUCGCAUCAUUCGAGUGAUGACUUUGAGAAUAAUUUGAUCACCAUAUCUACGAAUGUAACUGAUGAUGAAAGUAACCGAACACAGAGGAAUAAGGGAAAUGCUAUUGAAAUGGAAGUCGUUGCAGAUGUUCAUCAGCAUCAGCAACAGGCGCAACAGCAGUCGCAACGAAAUAUAAAAUCACGACCGUAUUCAAAUGCUGAACGGCAAAGAAGAUACAGAGAAAAGAGAAAAGCUGAAAAAAUGAAUGAAUGUACUACAUUCAGUCAAUCUUGCGAUGUUCAGCCUCAGCAAGAACAACCACAACAUGAUGUUAAAAUAAAUAAACGAAAAUCUCAAUCGAAUGCAGAACGCCAAAGAAAAUAUAGAAAAUCAUUACGUAAACAACAGGAACACAAGAAUAAUAUACCACAUACAUCCAGUAUCGAUCGACUGCAAAAUGUGGACCAAGCUGAACUUGCACGAAAGCGACAUUUAAACAAACAACGACAAAGCCGGUUUAGAGCAAGGCGAAGGUUUGAAUCGCCUAGUACAUCGCAUCAAGCGCAGGCAGAGGGGUUUAUUCUGUAAUUAUAAAAUAUAAACAAUAAUAAUAUUACGUGAAAUAACAAUU